AUGUGUUCAUCAUCCUCUUCGUCGCGCCGCCGCCGCCGCCGCCUCGGCGCGGGAUUGGGGGGCUCUCCGAUGCCUUCUCGCGCUGCAGCUCCUGCCCCAAGCCGGGCCGAGAAGGAGACUGGCCGCUGCGGUUUUCUGCGCGACUUCCUCGGAUUUCCCCACAAACGCGCUGAUAGUUCGGACGCGGCCCCCGCCGGCCGCCGCCCCCCGCGGGCCUCCCGCCCCCGCCCCUCCCCCUCACCCCCACCCCGUGGCUGCAGCUUCGGGCUCCGCGGCUCAAAAACAAACAGCCGAGGCGCCGCCAGCUCCGCGCUCUGCCACCGCCGGGGACGCCGAGCGGCGCUGGACCCGUCGGUCCUCGUUCGGGCGCGGCGGCUGAGGGCAACGCGCCCCGCGUCGGGGGGCGGCCGCGCCAAAGCCAGGCGUCUUGUCCCUGGCGUCCCGGGGCGUCCCGCACCUCUGCGCCUCCGGGGUGGGCCCGUGCGCUGCGCUCCGGUCUCCGCGCCCCCAGGUAACGCCCAGGAGCCCAGGAAUGAGCUGAGCCCCUCGCGCUUGAGCGGCACCCGCGUGGCUUCCAAGCGCCGCCACACUAGGAUGCUCCCGCUUCUAGCGAGCGCUAGCAGAGAGAGCCGGGACAGCAACGAAAACAAACUGUAAGGCUCUCCAGCCUGGCGGCCGAGGCUCUGGAGCUGCCGCGGAGUAGCAGCCUGCCUUCCCUGCCCGGGCGACGUCCAGAGCUAGGUAGAGCAAAACAACGAAGGCUAUGCAACUCAUCUUGAAUCCGAAACUACAUUUCGUUUUGCAAAGUCACCUACUACUUACUGACUCAAUGGCAGAUGGGCCCGUAGAGCUGACACUCGGUUUGGAAACCAAAUUUUGUGUUUGAACUUGUAUGGCGGCUGCACCCCGCAGCUGCAACUGUUGGGUGGGAGCCGCGAGGUAUUUCUUCUCCUCCGGUUAGGUUACCCUUCUGUGACUUGGGACCACGUCUCUUCAUAGUUCUUGUGUGAUUGGCAGGCAAGAAUGGUUAGUUGUGGGCCAGGCUGAAGACUAGAGGAGGCACAGUGCAGCCUGCCCUCCUGAGCCACAGUUUUAGGCCAACAGAAGUAGUGCUCUCUAUCGAGAGGAAUUUUCUCUUAAGACUCUGGGGCUAUCUGCGCUUCUCUGUGCACUCUCGGCUUCCUCCUUUCUUUUUGGCGGAGGAGUUGAGAGUGUCUCCUCUUGGCCCAGGAAAAGGUUUGUUCUUCUCUUGUCCUCAUCGGGGAUGAUAGAGUUACCAGAAAAAUUAACAAGGCCUCUCCAUCCAGGACUCGGAAAUCCUAAAGAGGGUGAAUAGGAUUGUGGGGGCAACAGCCGAUAGAUGCUCUCGCUCGGAGCCCUCCCCACAAACACACAAGCACAUCACCAACUCCCAUUGGCUGCUUUGGCCUGGCUUGUGUGGUGGGUACUGGAGAGGGACCCAGCCCAGACUUCAACUACUACAGAACUUCUCCCUCAGUGGGGGGAGGUGGGAGUCCUGGCCAGCAAGGGAAAAGAGCUCCCUAAGUGAUACAACUUCUCAUCUUUCCUUCCAUCCUCAAGACCUCUGGUCCAGACACCGAGAGCAGGAGGGAAGGGGACUUCGAUGGCCAGGGAGAUUCCCAAACCGACUCUGCCUCCUCCCUCCUCCAGCGGCUUUCUACUAAAGCAAUAACAGCAGAACAGUGGCUGUGGAGACGUGUUUUGUGAGCCGGCAAGAAAAGGGCAGAGACCAGUAUGGCCUGAGGCUGGGGGAAAAAAUUACCAGUUCUGCCAGAGUCACUACAGGUGAUGGACUCAGUGGCCCAUGUCCUCCAGGGACAAGGUGCCUGCUCUCCACCUGUGCCCCAAGUGGAAAAGCCCAGAAGGACCGAGGCAGCAGUGAAUCUUACUGACUUCACCCGCCUUCGUGACCUUGCCUCUCUGGCAUCCUGCCUUCAUCCCUCCUGACUGUUGGAUCCCAGUUUGUUGCGUGGUAGUGAGGUUCUUUAAGAAAGAAACAAGACACCCCUGCAUUAGGCACAGUCCAAAGCCCUCCGUGCUACCUCAGUGAGGAGUAACUGUGUGUGGAAGCCUAGGGACCUGGGUGAGAAUGACUGGGUUUCAUCUUGAGCAUCCCCGCACACACGGGAGAAGUGACUUCCAUAACUGUAACAGAUAUACAUCGGGUAUCCGCAGGAGAGAUGCUGUCUACUGAGGAAGGGUGGGUUGGGUCCUGCCCUCUAAGCCAGCAUAAAGCCAUUUUCAUUUAAAGCAGCUUGGCUACUUCCAAGAGACCCCAGGGAUCAGGCUUUGUGGACAGGUGAGAGCCGGGAGGGCCAUGCACCUGCAUCUUCAGAGAUUCUGACCACUCCUACCUUUUGUAUGUAAUUCUGCCCUAAUUGCAGGUGAUCUCAGAGGACUAAAGUAUAAAGACUGUGGGACCAGUGGGGUGGGCGAUUCUGUCUAUACAGCUAUGGGGACGUUUCUGGUGGUGCAGCUGCUUUGGGAGUCACUCUUACUCUAAGAAACAAACCCUCACCUGUGCUCUCUUGGCUUCCCCAAGUUAGACUGCAGUGGGAUUCAGGGUCAGUUUGGAGUCCUAUAAGGAGGAAGCACAGGUUUAUGUCUCCACAGGAAAAGCGUCCCUUUAACACCCCCAAGCCUAUCUUGCAUCCCUGCCCUCAUCUGGCAGAGCUGUGAGGAUGAGAGCGAGAAUACAGCUGUUGUCCUGGGUCGGGGUGGGGGUGGCAGAGGAAGCUGUGGCCCAGUCAGAUCACAGGUCUUUGGGACCCUCCAUCAGCUCCUCCACUCUCCAGAGCUCCUGUUCCCUGGCAACACGGGGUAUGUGGGUGGGAACACCCCCUAGCAGUAGCCUUCCAGGGAGGGCUGCACUUCCCAGGAACUCCUUCAGUUCCCAGAGGAGGACAGCAGAGGUAAGAGCUCUUUCCCCUCCUGCUACUUUUUCAAUUCCUCUUACAGAACCUAGGGUUUGUCCUCAGAGCUUCUGAGAGCUGAAGCCCUGGAAAGCAUCUGCCCCUUGCCUGGACAAAGAGAGGGCAUUGGAAGCCAUGUGCAAGGACUCACGGUCCAUUGGGGGGCGGGCAGUUGAUCACUCAGUGUGGACUUCUCAGGGGUUUCACAGGUCCCCUCCCCAACCCCCCACAGCUCCAGGCUGGCCUGGAACAGGGCAAACUCAGCCAGCUGGGCUCUGUGCUUCCUGAAUCCAGAACUCCAAUAGGCAAUCAGGAGCCCCCCUUCUCUACACCCCAUCUGAGGGCUGGGGUGUGGCUGUCUGGGUCAAGGGGAGGCCUCAUUUCUGAGCCAAUAGCUUUUGGGGGGCUCACCAUAGGACUAACACACUGAGGUCAUGUCCUGACACACCAGCAUAUUCUGUAUUUGAGCUUCUAGUAAGGCAUGUUUAAUUAUCAAAUGUAUCACUAGGGGAACAAAACCAGUGUCCAUUAAGUGUUCACAAAGCCUGGGCCACAUGGGACACAUGGUUCUAGUGAGCAUGAGUAAGCCAGUUUUCACAUUAGAGGAAUAACAGUUCUUGUAGCAAUGCGGCACUUUUAAAAGAGGUUAAUUAAUAAACAGCAGGUAAUUGUUCAUGGCACGAUGUGGCAGAGGGUAAUUUUCAUUUUUGAGGAUGGAAGGGCCAGAUGCCCCUCCCCACUCAGCAUUUCUCUGUAAUAAUCACCUUGGCUUCCUUCCGCCUUUAAUUUUUGCAGCUGGAGCUGUUUAUCACUGCUCCAACUUUCACUGAAAAGGCAAAACUAUCACUUAAACAAAGCUAUUGAAAACUCAGCCUCAUAUGUGGCUUUCUUAACAUAAAUAAAUCAUACAAACCAAGAUUUAUGUUCAAGGAAUGAUGUCAUUCACUGAAGGCUGCCUUCCCAAUCAGAUCAGGAUUUCUGUGUGUGUGUCUCUGUCUGUGUCUCUGUGAUUCUGUCUGUCCGCACACUCGCUUUUUGCAAGAAAUUACAACCACAACCUAUCUCUAGCAUCCUGGAUGCUCGUCUGUUUGUCUCGGGUCAUCAAAAUGGUCUUGCCUGUGUGAGCCCAGCAGAACCAGGUCUGAGUGACAAGAACAUUUCACCCUGUAGUUGAGGACAAGAAAGCGGGGCUUCUCUUAAGAGCUCGGUCAGCUGUCGGUUAUUGUCCAGGGUCCCGCGCGUCUUUUGACUUUGGAAUGAGUACAGUUAGGGAAAACACCUCUACAGAAGCUUAGCCAUGCUGAAAUGACUGAGGAACUUGAAAGCCAUGAAGAGGUAGACAAAAGACUGGACAUCCAUACAAUAGAGUAUUGUGUGACCUCCAAAGAGAAUGAGACACUGACCCGUGCUACGAAAGGAUGAACCUCAGAAACACAGUGAAUGAAUGACACCAGUCAUUCAAGGCCACCCAUCAUGUGACUCACAUUACAAAAUGUCCAGAAUCGAGACAGACUGGGGGUUGGGAGAUGAAGGGAAUCUCUGCUCUGUGGAGUGCCCUGUGAUGAAAAUGUUCUGUGAUGAGCCAUGGUUCUGGGUACAUGUCCUGAGGUUUAAAUGUCACCUUCCACCUUACCAGAAGAUGAAUGUUACAAUGUGUGACAAACUCCAAUAAAGUUGUUACUUACAAACCCCUA